UCUACGUAUUGCGGGUUCAAGCUCCGUUCCUCGCAAUCAACGUUUUUCCCUUUUCCCCAUUCGUAUUUUAGAGUUGCGGAAUUGGCUAAACAGGAAACUCUUUUUUUUUUGCUUCGCACGCUUUUUAAAGUUCUCUUCGUUUUUGAUCUUCGCCCAACCUAGGGUUCUCUUUCUAAAUCUGGAACAAGUGCUCGUACAUCGCAUUCAUUCAGUCCUCUUCCAUUCCGCAGUAAGCUCGAAACGGAUAUUGGUAAUGUAGGGGAGGAGACCUUAUUUAUCUUCGCCCUUAUCCAGCGCUCACGUUUACCUCACACACCCCAGAGGGAGUCCAUAACACGAAUCUUCAGGGCCAGGAUUUGUUUUAUUGAGGAUACAAUGAGAUCAGCUAUUACUAUUUGGUUGUUAUGCGCUGCUGUGGUUUUGGCGCAGCAGACGCCGAGUCCGACACGUUGCCAGUGUCCGCUGGUGAAAUGCGAUGGCAGUGAUGCUGCUAAACUCUGCCAAUGCCGCAAUUCCCGCGAAACGCUGUGCAAGCAGACUUGUCCGGAUUAUGUCCCCACGUACCUCCCAUGUCCUACGGGUUCGCCUACACUCCGUAGUUCUACAUCCACGCAGGUUCCGGUGCCGACUCCAACGUCUUCAUCGACGCCAGGCGAAUGCGAAUGCGAAGAGAGAUUCUGUGCUAUGAUGUGGCCGCAGUCAUGCUACUGCGCCAACGCGAACAAACAGGCCUGCUAUGACAAAUGUGGGGGUGUGAAGCCUGCGUUAGCUGACUGCCCACCGAUUGAUCCACCAAGCCUAAGCACACUCACAACUACCUCCCGUAAACCCACCACUACAACUACGAAGAAAACAUCUUCCACGACAAGCACGCGCAAACCAACCACAACCCCUCGACCUACCCACGCACCCUGUGGUGGCAAUAGCCCAACCGCUCCAACCUGCGAAGCUGGGUACAUAUGCAUCAAAGACCCGUAUAAGCCCGGUUGCGGACCAGCGUGCGAUCAGCAGGGCAUCUGCGUAGAGGAUAGAAUGUGUGGAGGGUUCGCAGGGUUUGAGUGUAGGAUGAAGGGGCAGGUUUGUUGGGAUGAUCCUAGGGAUGAUUGUGCGGCUGAAGAUGGGGGGAAUGAUUGUGCGGGGGUUUGUGUUUGGCCACAUCAAUUAGGGUAG